AUGGUUGUAAGCCAGAGGAAACUGCAGCAGUCUCUUUUAACGGUGCGUGAGUGCAACUAUGUGCAACUGUCAGAGCAGACACGCAACCACAAUUGGGAUAGAAUACAAUCUCGGAUGCAAACUUGCUAAACUAGCGCCUGGGUGGAAACAUCCAAGUCUAUGGGAGGAACGAAUGACCUGCUAUGGUCGCUGGCGCUCUUUUGGGGGGUAACGCACCUUCUCAACCGCCUUGUCAUCUCAAAACGAUCGAAUGCAUAUUACAAUGUGCUUCCUCUCACUUCUCGUGACAGGACAUCGGCCCGUCUCCAUUUCGUUUCUCCCUCGUUUUCUGGGCACAAAUCUAUUCUCGCUUGGGCUUUUCACCCUUCUCGCACGACAGCUAUCGUGCAUGACCUGAGGAUAACUAUACACACGACUUCCCUGAACUCUUUAUCCCUAUCACUUUCUGAAAAGCUAUCCAAUAGCCCAACUGUUCGUGCAUUUUAUGACGCCGGUUCCUUACUUUGCACCACUGCGUCGUUCUUAUGCUUGGUGUGGCUAUCGUGGUGCGCUUUUGGUACAAUAUGCAGUCUUGUUCGCGGAGCAGAAGUUCCCAAUAUUAUACCACCAAUGGGUGGGCUUCCCGAUUCGCUGUGUAUUGAUCUCGAUGGUCCCUUCAGCUACUUGAGGCUUGUCAUACCAGGAUUAACUGUUCCCCUAUACCAUUUUCCAGUUCUAAUAUCUGCUGGCAUCUCUUGUCUCCUAACCCACGAAGCCGGACAUGUGAUAGCCGCGUCGCUUGAUUCCAUCCAAAUAAUCUCAACCGGAAUCGGAAUCGUAGUUGCCGUUCCGUGGGCUUACGUCUCCUUGCCCCCGUCAUCCGUCUCUGCCUUGCCUCCGCGAGCGCGUCUACGGAUAGCUACUUCGGGGAGCUGGCAUAAUUUAGUUGCAUUAUUGCUACUGUGGCUCGGGGCCUGGAGCGGAAUCAGUGAAGCGUUGGGGAAAGUCAUAGGGUGGCCAUUAUGGGAGUACACUGGCGACUCGGCUGCAAUUGUGGCGGGAAUUGAUUCGGAUUCGUCUCUUGUACAACAUUUGCCCAUUAGUUCGUCGAUUGUAGCCCUCGACGAUACCUCAAUAUUUUCCCCAGAAUCUUGGCGAAGCUUCUUUUCUGAUAAGGCUGGAAGCGCGAGAAAUGACAGUGGCUGGUGUGUGAUGGACCAGUGGUCAAACGACUUCAAUUCGAAAUUAUAUUCGUCUAUCGAUAUACCUUCCAACAAAAAGCGCCCGCAAUUUGCCUGCUUCUUCCAGGGACCGGAUAUCCCCGGUAUUCCAGGAGUCUGCCUUGACCCACUGCUUAUUCUCGAUCCAGCAACCCCACCUCCACUGCAUCGAACUCUGGAGCGAUGCAACCCACAACGUGCUGACUCAUGUGAGGAAGGAUGGUCUUGUGUUCGCCCUAGUCCGAAAGAACAACUCGUGAGGAUAUCUGUGAGGCCCCCGUCGUGGAUCGACCCUCAGACUUUCACGAUCGUGUGGAGGGGGCCCAAAGAGGAAGUGCUUGAUCAAAUAGUGAUUGGUAAAUUUCAACCGCGGCACUGGAUUGUCCCACCAAGUAUUCCGUUAAUUGUAGGCCUCUUCCAAGCGUAUGCAUUCGCGAUAUCACUUUCGCUCUUCGUUCUCAACCUCUUGCCCGUUCCAAUACUGGAUGGUGCACAAAUCUGGGAAGCCAUUUGGGAAUUGGCAGGAAAUAAAUCCCCCACACAUCGUAAUCCGAUCAACAGAGACCUCCAGGAGGAAGCGCGCGAGACGGACAGGAGCCUCUCCCGUGUUGCAAGUCUACCCCACGGUGGCAGGAUAAGACCAACAAGUCGUGGAGGGACCCGGACGGCUUGAACAACACGGCCAGGCAAGGGCUUCUACCUCCUCCGCACGUUAGAAGAUGUUUAUGGCCACUGGAGUGCGCUGUCUGCACUCCAUCACAUGAUCUUGCAGCCCCUCCAUCCCCAUGAACAAAAUCCGCUGCACAAACGUUGCCAGUUGCUAUGAAACCGGAGCUUGUGUCGUGGCCCAUUGAACGAAGUCGACUACAGAUAAACUGGUGCCGCACCCGAGACCCCAACCUCGCGCCCUGGAUUCGGGCAGCCGGAAU